GUGCAGCUACCACUCGUACUCCCACUUGAUCGGCGGCCCUAGCUAGAAAAGAAAGAAAAACAUUCCACUCCCCGUCAGCUGCAGAUCGCACACGGUUCCUUCACCCAAAGGAACCCCGUGCGCUAGCCUGCACCCCACGGGCAUCCAGCCGGCCGGCCAUGGGGAACAGCGUGAUAGGUUUGCUCGUCGCCGAGGCGCAGGCGGCUUUCCCGUGGAAGCAGCUGCUGCUGUGCGCGGUCCUCGCGUGGUGCGCCGUACGCGCGAUGGAGUGGGCGUGGUGGCGGCCCCGGCGCCUGGGCCGGGCGCUGCGGUCGCAGGGCCUCAGCGGCACGGCGUACCGCUCCCUCGCGGGGGACGCGCCGCUGACCGAGCGGCUCAACCAGGAGGCCAGGUCCCGGCCCCUGCCCCUGGGCUGCCACGACGUCGUGCCCAGGGCGAUGCCGCUGUUCCAUCAGACCAUGAAGGAGCACGGUUGUUUUCGUAUCCAAUUUGUGACAGCUAUCCCCAAAGAAAAUGAAAGUGGUGCAACACACGACCCACUGACAAGCAUGACCGGAAUUUGGUUGACAAUGACAGGUAAAACGUCGAUCACCUGGUUUGGGCCGGUGCCAAGGGUGACCAUCACCAAGCCAGAGCUGGUGCGAGAGGUUCUGUCAAACAAGUUCGGACACUUCGAGAAGUUAAAGUUUGGCAGUCUUCAGAGGAGGCUGCACAACGGCUUGGGCAGUCACGAGGGCGAGAAAUGGGCCAAGCAUAGGAGGAUCAUCAACCCCGCAUUCCAUCUGGAGAAACUGAAGCGCAUGUUGCCGGCCUUCGCCGCAUGUUGCACGGAUUUGGUGAAGAGGUGGGAGGGUUUGGUUACAGACGGGGAGCCAUGCGAGGUGGAUGUUUGGCCCGAGAUGCAGAACCUGACAGGGGAUGUCAUCUCCCGCGCCGCGUUUGGCAGCAGCUACCUCGAAGGCAGGAGGAUUUUCCAGCUCCAGGGGGAGCAGGUUGCGCUCGUCGUGCAGUCUAUGAGCAAUAUACAUAUCCCUGGAUACUUGUACCUGCCCACAAAAACCAACCGAAGGAUGAAGCAGAUAGCUUCAGAGAUCGAAGGACUUCUAAAGGGCAUCAUCGCGAAACGAGAGAACGCAUUGAGAGCCGGCAGGGCGACUAGCGACGAUCUUCUCGGCCUGCUGCUGGAGUCGAACAUGGAGCACUGCUGGGGUGACGGCAACGCGAAGGCCGGCAUCACCACCGACGACGUGAUCGGGGAGUGCAAGCUGUUCUAUUUCGCCGGCAUGGAGACCACGUCGGUGCUGCUCACGUGGACGAUGAUCGUGCUCUGCAUGCACCCGGAGUGGCAGGACCGCGCGAGGGAGGAGGUGCUUCACGUCUUCGGCGCCAGAACGCCGGAUUACGACGGCCUGAGCCGCCUGAGAAUUGUGACGAUGGUGCUGUACGAGGUGCUGCGGCUGUACACCCCGCUGACAGCGCUCCAGCGUAGGACGUACAAGCCGAUGGAGCUCGGCAGCGUCAGGUACCCGGCGGGCGUGGUGCUGAUGCUGCCGCUGCUGUGCAUCCACCACGAUAAGGACGUGUGGGGGCCGGACGCGAGCGAGUUCAGGCCGGAGAGGUUCGCGGAUGGGAUCUCCAAGGCGUCCAAGGACGCACCGGCGUUCUUCCCAUUCGGCUGGGGCCCUCGCACCUGCAUCGGUCAGAACUUCGCGCUGCUCGAGGCCAAGAUGGGGCUUGUCAUGAUCCUGCAGCGCUUCGCGUUCGAGCUCUCGCCGGCCUACACGCACGCGCCGUUCCCCGUCGGCUUGCUGCAGCCGGAGCACGGCGCGCAGGUCAUGCUCAGGAGGCUUCCCUGAGCUGCAUACAAUUGGAUGGGUUAACUUGCAUGUACAGCAUAAUUAGUGAAUGCAAGAAAGUAUACUUGCAAGGCACGGUUGUGAAAAAUCGGCACGUUGUAAUGUUGUACCGAAUGUUAGAAGAUAAAAGUUUGAGUUGUGUACGGUAGGGUUAGAGAUAAUCUGCGGACUCUUUGAGUAGAUCGGUCUAGAAGAUUUCUCUCCGAUUCAAAGAGUCCGACUAUGUUUCUGUAACCUCGUGUAUUGUUUGCCCGGCCAUAUAAAUAGAAGAUGCGGUCUCAUGAGAGGUUAUAGGCUUCUGCAA